AUGAUCUGGCACUUUGCCCUCGUGGCGACUGUUGCGGCCUUGCAAGCACUUCCACCAGUCGAAUUCUCCACCAAUCUGACUUCGCAUGCUGAUAAAGGCUUCUCAUUGGCAGCUGUUGACAGGGUUCUCUAUGUCCAAGAAGAGUUUGCCUCCUGGAGAGACAGCAAUGGUCUUACAUUGAUACCCCCUUCCUUGGAAGAGUUUGCCAGAAUUUUCCUAACCGACCUCGAACUCUUUUCUAACUCCUCCUGGAGUUACAAAACAGUGAAGAAACUCCCAACAAGUGCAUCUGGGAUUUUUCUCGGACUUCAAUCAGAGAAUUCUAAAUUCACGUAUGAGGACGGGACACCGUCAGAGGAAGGGUAUGAGGUAGUCAUAGAGGAUGGCCGCGCCUCUAUAUAUGGCUCAGGUGCCAGAGGGAUGUGGUGGGGAACGAGGACGUUGCUUCAGCAGAUUAUUCUCAACGGCGCACUAUUGCCUGGUCGCCUCACUGAUGCACCGGCUUUUCCCACCCGUGGUAUGAUGUUGGAUGCAGGACGGAAGUGGUACUCUUUGUCCUAUUUGAAGGACCUUUGUACAUACGCCUCAUUUUUCAAACUCUCCGAGUUUCAUUAUCAUGCGACAGACAACUUCCCCCUCAGUCGAGGUCCGAACGUGACGUGGACAGAUGUUUAUUCGCAGUUUUCAUUGAGACCGGAAAACCCAGAGCUACAGCCCCUUGUGCAACGGAUGAACGAGACUCUAUCCCGGUCGGAGUUCGAUGACUUUCAACGGCAUUGUGCUCGUCGAGGAGUGACUGUCAUUCCAGAGAUCGAGGCUCCAGGCCACUGCUUGUCACUCACAAAAUGGAAACCCGAGCUUGCCUUGGCCAGCAAGGACCUUCUGAAUCUUACACAUCCCGAGAGCGUUCCUCUGGUUAAAUCUAUCUGGUCGGAUUUUUUGCCAUGGUUUCACACGAAAGAGGUUCACAUUGGCGCUGAUGAGUAUGAUUCGACCCUGGCAGAUGACUAUGUCCGCUUUGUCAACGAAAUGUCCGACUAUAUAUACGAGACACAUGGAAAGAAGAUUCGGAUCUGGGGGACUGACGAGCCAUCUAACCUCAAGAUUGAUACCAACGUCACCAUUCAGCACUGGCAAUAUGGACAGUCAGACCCGGUCGCGCUAGCACGAGAUGGUUAUCAAAUCAUCAAUUCUGAGGAUUGGUGGGCGUAUCUCUCGCUGAAAAAUAACCAUGUGCCGAUCACACCGGCUCCAUAUCCUCAAUUCUUCAACAACAGCCGGGUAUUGAAUUUUGGCGACAUUGAAGGAUGGCAGUGGACCCCAGAGUUGUUCAAUCCAGUCAACGCAACUGCGCAACCCGCCAAGAACGCCGUUCGAGGUAGCAUCCUGGCUGCAUGGAAUGAUAAUGGACCCGAUGCGACUACUCAACUGGAGGCGUAUUAUGCCAUUCGAAAUGGUAUUCCGGUUGUCGCAUCUCGUGCAUGGGCAGGGAGCCGCGGGCCACUUCUGAAUCAGUCUACCCUCGAUGAGUCGAUCUCCAUUCUUACGGCAAACGCCGUGUCUCAGAACCUUGAUAGAAGAAUUGUACCCGAUGGGUCCAAGGAGCUGUCAAGUGCACUUUUCUCAUGGGUCAACCCUGAUCCCAAGGUGCAACAGCACCAGAUAGGGCUGGGAAGCAAAGGAAUGAACUACACAUUAGAGCUAGAUGUCAUUGGUCCCUUUUCUCUGCAAUCCGAUGAUGCUACCCUGUCACUUUCAGCUGGCGGUGAACUGGUGUUCUCUGCAGAUGGCUGGCCAUAUCCGCUUCGCGCUGUUGCCGAGACUGAUGGAUUUGAGACUGCAGAACCUGGUAGGAUUUGGUCCAAUUCUACCAAGUCGUCACAUGAUAUUGUGCAUGUACCUCAAGAAUCAAAAUCCCAAAUCACUAUAAUCACCAACUCAUUUGAAGGCAGUCGGGUUUGGAUUGAUGGUCAGUUCAAGGGACGCUUUGAAGUGUUUGUCUAUGGUGGCCACAAUGAAAUGACAUCUUGGUCCCAAAUGUCUUUUGUUGCACCACUGAAUGUCAUUCAAGGAAAUGGUUUGCAGAAGAUAGGUCUAUAUUGA